GUUGAUAAUGUGGCCAUUGUUAGUCGGCAAUUAGAUUUGCGCCAUGAAGGUUGUGUGCAGCAUCGUCGUGCUAUGGAUUUACUCGAUAACUAUGUGGCACUCAGCUGGCCGCGUUUAUGCAGGGAAUUGCCUGAAGCACCACAAUCUGACCAGUGGCCAGGUGGAGGCAGUGGCUCCAUCCACUCCCGUUUCGGAUGUCCCAUUGGCCGUUAAGUGCUACAGCAGGUGUCUGAUUGCGGAGUAUUUCGGCGAUGAUGGGAAAAUCGAUCUGCAGAGGGUGGGAAAGCGAGGCUCUAAAGCGGAUCACGUUAUUUUGGCUCAGUGUAAGCAGCAGUUCGAUGACGUCGCCAAUCUGGACACAUGCGACUAUCCAUACCUGAUUCUGCAGUGCUAUUUCAAGGGCCAGCAGAGCGGAAUCGCCUCGUAAUUAGCCAGUCAACAAAAUGAUAAGUAUAUAUACAUAUGUACAUUCAUGACAGACGCAAUGGAUUCAUCACAGUUUAUUCUUGAAAUUCCUAAUCAGAUCAAGCGCCCUGCGAUGGCAAUUACACGCGAUUGUGCUUAGUGUAAGAGCGUGAUUUCCAUAAUUAUUUGUAUACACUGAUUAAUAUUUUUAUUAAAGCAAAAUACAUAGUA